AUGAUUGGCUUAUUACGUAAGUUGUGGGGGAAAGGUGAAUGCCAGUGCAUUGGGGCUCAUGGCUCUUCUGGAGGUGUGGCAUGUCUAUGGAAUCCUGUGAGGAUUCACCCCCUUUGUUGGAUGGCCUCUAAAUUGUCCAUAUCUGUGAUUGCUUCAAGUCUUGAGACAGGAGAAGCUAUCCUUAUCUCUAAUAUCUAUGUGCCUACUGAUGGGUGUUUGACUUGGGAUAAUAUUCGUCAGCGUGGCUUUUAUGGCCCUUCUAUCUGUGUCUUGUGUGGUGCGGGUGAGGAGGACUCCUCGUACUUGUUCUUCCAGUGUCCUUUCUCUUUGCAGCUCUGUGGAAUUUUUGGUGGUGAGUUUGAAAACACCCUUGUGUUCAUGCUUCAUCCAUGGAAAAGUUAUGGAAUAGUUUGGAUAUGGCUAGAGCAGAAUUGUAGAAUUUUCCGAGGUGAAAGGUUAGUUGUUCAACAGAUAUGGCAUAGGAUUAUGGGGAUGAUCCAGGAGAUGGUGAAAGCUAAAUGCGAGGUGAUUCUUCCUCUGGACAAAAGGGAUGAUGAUAUUAUUGGAUCAAAGAUAGAGUUGGUGUCUUUUGUCCAUAUUCCACGGGAGUGGAAUAGGGUAGCUAACUGUUUGGAUAAAUGGGCUUUAGAACAUGCAGGUGAUUGGAAGGUGGAGGGAUGGGAUCACCUUUCCCCUGAGUACUGUCAGAAUUUGGAGGAGAUAUUUGUUGCUGAUAUGGAUGGUUAG